AUGGCUAGAAAUGUCAUGGUGGAUAUAAAUCCUAGACAAAUUAGCACAGCUCAACAACAAAUGCCAGGUGCUGUUGCUGCUGGAAGUGUAAUUGUUCCAAGCACACGUAGUACAGUCUUUGGGUACAAAUAUACAGCUAAUAUGCGUAAUCCUCCUGGUCAAGCUCAAGGCAUGGGACAACCACAACAUGGUCAACCUCCUGCAGCAGUACAAGCAGCUGUUCAUGUACAUGGACAAGAACCACUAACUGCAACAAUGUUGGCCACCGCUAAGCUGGAAGAUCAAAAACAGAUGUUGGGAGAGAGGCUUUUCCCUCUCAUUCAGUGUAUGUAUCCGGAAUCGACUGAUAAGAUCAUUGGUAUGUUGUUGGAGAUGGACAAUUCAGAUUUGCUUCACAUGUUGGAACAUCAAGAAUCUUUGAAGACCAAAGUAAAAGAGGCUGUUUCUGUGGUACAGGCUUACCAAGCACAUCAAACCCAAGUGAAGAAACAAUAG